UGCAACUUCAAACCCUUAAUUCUGCAACUGAUUCUUCUUCAAUGGACGGCGAUCGCCUCAGUCGCCGCGGCGGCGAUCAGAGACCGAGCGGCCAACGCCUCCCGCCGGAGGCGCCGCAAACAAAAUACAGACCACCGCACCUCCGGAGCCCGCAGUCUAGCAAUGCCGGAGGCGAGCAUCAGCCUCCGCCGCUUCAACGGCAGCGCGUGGGCCGGUCUAGCGAGAGCGUUCCGGCUCCCACUCCCCAGCGAACUUCUCUACUUCCUAUACAACGGCAGCCCCUGUCGAGCCCACCGUCACAACAAUCCGAGAACAGAAUUUUACCUGUUAGGCGGCCGGACAGCAGGGCCAUUGCCGGAAGAUCUGUCAACCUACUAGUAAACCAUUUUCUUGUCAAAUUCAACCCAAGGAACACCAUAUACCAUUAUAGUUUGGAUAUCAGGCAAUUAGUAUCGUAUGGCAAAAGACCAGCAAGAAGGUUGCGGAACACGAGUGGACUUCGUUUGAUACUGAACAAACUCUUCCUCGAUGAUCAAGCGCGGUUUCCAGCUAAUCGGACUGCUUAUGAUGGUGAAAAGAAUCUCUACAGUGCAGUUUCGCUACCCACUGGCCAAUUCAGAGUGGAGCUCUCGGCUGAAGACUUGUCUACUCAGACAUAUGUAGUUUCGAUCAAGAUAAUGAAUGAGCUGAAGCUUUCCAAGCUGGAAGACUAUUUGAGUGGUAAGGUGCCUUAUGUUCCUCGUGACAUACUGCAAGGGAUGGAUAUGGUGAUGAAGGAGAAUCCUUCGAGGUAUAGGAUAUCCAUUGAUAGAUACUUUUACACUUCCAGUUUCAGGGUCGAAGAUGAUAUUGGGGGUGGUAUGGCAGCUUAUAGAGGCUUCCAAUCAACUUUGCGGCCUACUGCCCAGGGCCUUGCAUUGUGCUUGGACUGCUCGGUUAUGUCAUGCCGCAAGCCGUUGCCAGUUGUAGAGUUCCUCAAGGAGCAUAUACCUGAAUUUGAUGGAGCAUUUCUUGAUUUGCACUUGAGGCGAAGGGUUGCACAUGCUUUGAAAGGGUUGACAGUUAGGGUAACUCAUCGUCGCACCAAACAGCAGUUCACUAUAGCUGGGUUGACUGGAAAAAUUACCCGUGAUCUCUGGUUUGAUUUUGUUGAUCCAACAGGAAAGGAUCCGACUGUCAAAGUCAGUCUUGUGCAAUAUUUCAGGGAGAAAUAUGGGAAGGUGAUUGUUUACCAGGAUAUCCCUUGCUUGAUUCUCGGCAGAAAUAAUCGGACAAAUCAUGUUCCGAUGGAAUUCUGCAUCUUAACUGAGGGGCAGCGGUACAGAAGGGAGCUAUUGGAUGAAUCCCGACAGGAGAAAAUGAAAGAAAAAUGUUUGCCUCGGCCACCAGAAAGGAGAAAAACAAUCAGUGAGAUGAUGCAAGAUCAUGAUGGACCCUGUGGAGAGGUCACUCGAAAUUUUGGAUUUCAAGUUGCGAAGAACAUGACAUCUGUAGAAGGUCGGAUAAUUGGCCCACCGGAUUUGAAGCUUGGUGCUGUUGAUGCAGUAAGAGUUGAAGACGAGAAACGCCAAUGGAACCUGGCUGAGAAUUCUGUUGUGGAAGGAAAACGAAUUGAUAGAUGGGCCUUGAUUGAUUUCAGCUAUCUAGAUUUUCCAAAGCUCAGAGCAAAGGAUUUCAUCAGCAAUCUGAGAAAUCGAUCCAAGAGUUUAGGAAUCGUCAUGGAAGAGCCUUUACUCUGCCAUUCAACCGGCAUGCGUGACUUCUCUUCAGUGAGCCGGCUGGAAGAGCUUCUCAGAAAUGUUGUUCUUGAAGGUAACAAAAAAUGUUGGAACAAAUUGCAGAUAAUAAUUUGUGUCAUGGCCGAGAAACACCAUGGAUACAAAUACCUAAAAUGGGUAUCUGAGACGCGAGUAGGGGUUGUAACUCAGUGUUGCUUGUCCAACCACGCAAACAGAGGAGACGAUCAGUUUCUUGGGAACCUCUGUCUCAAGAUUAACGCGAAGCUUGGAGGAAGCAACGUGGAGCUCACUCGAAGACUCCCUCAUUUCGAAGAGGAAGAUCAUGUCAUGUUCGUUGGUGCUGAUGUUAACCAUCCCCUCUCAAAGAAAUCGACCACUCCUUCUAUAGCUGCCGUCGUCGCCACAGUUAACUGGCCUGCUGUGAACCGCUACGCUGCACGAGUCUCGCCUCAAGACCACAGAACCGAGAAGAUUCUGGACUUCGGUCCCAUUUGCAGGGAUCUCGUCAACACGUACCACCAGCUCAACGGGAUUAAACCCAAGAAAAUCGUGGCUUUCCGCGACGGAGUGAGCGAGGGGCAGUUUGAUAUGGUGCUGAACGAGGAGCUAUCCGCGUUGAAGAGGGCCGUGUUCGACGAUCAUUACCAGCCAAGAAUCACCCUCGUCGUGGCUCAGAAGAGACACAAGACGCGCCUCUUUCUCGAGAAUCUCGGGGACGGGAGCGCCACCGGGAAUGUGCCUCCCGGGACGGUUGUCGACACGAAGAUCGUCCACCCGUUCGAGUUUGACUUCUACCUCUGCAGCCACUACGGGCGCAUCGGGACGAGCAAGGCCGUGCGGUACUGCGUGCUGUGGGACGAGAACUCCUUCUCGUCCGACCGACUGCAGGAGCUCAUAUACAACCUGUGCUUCACAUUCGCCCGGAGCACGAGGCCGGUGUCGCUCGUCCCUCCCGUGUACUACGCGGACCUCGUAGCCUACCGCGGGCGUCUGUUUCAAGAGGCGGCAAAGGAGUUCCAAUCUCAUUCUUCGAGGCCUCACACUUUCGAUCUAAGUUUCUACCAACUCCACCCUGAUCUUAAGAACAUCAUGUUUUUCGUUUGAUGUGCUUGUAGAGUUUGUGUGUGAAUCUAAAGACGUGGAGAAUAAUCACGAUGAAAAUGCACAAAUUGUUAUUUUUAGUUUU